CAUCAAGUUUCAAUCAAGUUUGAGUUAUGAAAUAUUUCUAAUUCUCCUCCAUUUGAGUAUUGUUUUGCAAAAGACAAUUGAUUGAAUACAAGUCCUGUUCUUCCAUUUUUUUUGUCUGUGGAAGUAGAAAUCCAAAUUGGGUUUUCUCGGUUGAUGGAUAAAUGUAAUUUAGGAGCUUUUGAGUGAAAUUAGGGAUUGAUCUAUUGAUUACUCGGGUUUAAGAGGGUUUGUGACCAUUUUGCUCAUAAGUUACAUUUACUGUUCAUGUGCACUGUUCACAGAUACUGUUCAUAGGCACUGUUCACACACCGAGGGUUAACAAUUAACAAUUAACGGGGAUUUAAAUGAUUAGUUUGUGAUAUAAGAAUAAAUUUGGAGAGGUUCGGUUAUUGGAGAUUGAUAGGAAUAAUAUCGUGAUUAGGGAUUAGUCAUGAUGAUUUUAACUUGAAUUUGUGAUAGUCCGGUAUUAAUUCUGAGGUGUUUUGAUUAGGUUUCUGAUCGUUCUGUCAGUUAGCACCGUGAAUUGAGCCUUUGGUUUUAAGCGAGUGAGGAAGCGAAACCGAGGACGGGGAAACCACGGGAAGUGACGAAUAGAUUUUACCUUGAAAUUUUGAGUUUGAGUUAUUGGAUUGUCAGAUGUGAAUUGGAUAAGUUCCGAGCCUUGUGCACUUGUGGGACCCGUCUCACGAGUGCACGGCGUUUGUCGCGCCUCGAAUUUGGAUUUUGGGGCGUGACAUGUUGUGUGUUCAAUUGAGGAGUCAAAUGAUAUUGAGACACUUUCUCUUGAUGAGUUGCAGAACUCAUUGUUAAUUCAUGAGCGGAAGAUAAAUCGCCAAGACAAGCAAGAGCAAAUAGUGCAGAUUUCACAGACACAAGCCUUGCAGACCACAGUUAAUUCAAGGGUUGUAGGUCGAGGAAAAGAAAACUGGAAAGGCAGACCAAGAUCUGGCAGACCGAGAUCUGACAGAUUGGAGGAAAGUUCAACCAUUAGAAUUCAGAAGAGGUGGCAGAACAAAAAUUAUCAAGCUGCAGAUAACAGAUCCAAAUCUGUAGGAAAGACAAAUAUUGAAUGCUUCAGAUGUCAUAAGUAUGGCCAUUAUCGUUCUGAAUGCCGUGUUAAUCUGAAUAGAGGAGAAAGUUCCAAUUUUGCAAAACACAAUGAGAAGAAUGACGAUUCCUCUCUAUUCAUGGUCUAUCAUCCUAAAGAAGUUAGCAAGAAGAUUGUGUGGUAUCUGGAUACUGGUUGCAGCAACCACAUGUGUGGAGACAAAUCUACGUUUUUAGAUUUGGAUGAGUCUUGUCAAGACAAGGUGAAAUUUGGUGAUAAUUCCACUAUUGCAGUCAAGGGAAAGGAAAAGGUAACCAUUCGUGCCAAAGACAAUUCAAUUCAAACUAUUUCUAAUGUUCUGUAUGUACUAGAUUUGAAGUCGAAUCUACUUAGUCUGGGACAACUUUAGGAAAAAGGAUAUGAAAUCCUUAUUAAAGAUGGAGUUUGUCACAUUCGUGAUUUAAAACUUCGUCUGAUUGCAAAGGUCAAGAUGAUGGGAAAUAGGUUGUUUCCAUUAUACUUGCAGACCACAAAUCUGUCAUGUUUAUCUGCCAGAUUAAAAGACACAGCUUGGUUAUGGCAUUGCUGAUUUGGACAUCUUUAUUUUGGUGGGUUGAAAGCUUUGCAGCAGAAGAAGGUGGUAAAUGGUCUUCCUCAUUUUGAUUCUCCUUUAGAAAUUUGUGAAAUCUGCGUGGUCAGUAAACAACAUCGUGACAGCUUUCCUAAAGAUAGAUCUUGGAGAGCAAAGCAGGUGCUAGAUUUGGUUCGUUCUGAUCUGUGUGGACCCAUAAAUCCAACAUCCAAUGGAAGUAAACAAUACUUUAUUACCUUUGUUGAUGAUUAUAGUCACAAAACAUGGGUGUAUUUUUUGCAGACCAAGUCAGAAGCCUUAGCAGCCUUUAAAAAUUUCAAAGUCUUGGCUAAGAAUGAGGUUGGCAGAUCUGUAAAGGUUUU